AUGGCGCGGCCGCUGCUCCUCGCCUUGCUGGCCGCACUGGGCGCCGCCGCCGCCGCCGUCAACGCCGCCCCCCGGGCCCCCCCGACGGCGCCUCCCGCGCGGGCGCCGUGGCCCCCCGCUUGCGCCCGCCGCCGCCGGGGCGCGGGCGCGGUUCUGGGGGCCACGAGCCCGCAGUUCCCGUCGCCUAGCUACCAGGUGUCCGUGCCCGAGAACGAGCCGGCGGGCACAGCGGUGAUCGAGCUGCGCGCCCACGACCCGGACGCGGGCGAGGCCGGGCGCCUGAGCUACCAGCUGGAGGCUCUGUUCGACGCGCGCUCCCUGGCCUACUUCCACGUGGCGCCGGCCACGGGGGUGGUGACGACGGCGCGGCCGCUGGACCGCGAGGCCCAGGACACCCACGUGCUGAAGGUGACGGCCGUCGACCACGGGGAGCCGCCCCGGGCCGGGGCCACCUACCUGACCGUCACGGUGAGCGACACCAACGACCACGGGCCCGUGUUCGAGCAGGCCGAGUACCGCGAGACGGUGCGGGAGAACCUGGAGCUGGGCUACGAGGUGCUGACCAUCCGCGCCACGGACGGCGACGCCCCGGCCAACGCCGACCUGCGCUACCGGCUGCUGGAGGGGGCCGGCGGGGCCUUCGAGAUCGACCCGCGCUCGGGCGUGGUGCGCACCCGGGCCCCCGUGGACCGCGAGGAGGCCGCCGAGCACCGGCUGCUGGUGGAGGCCGACGACCGGGGCCGGGACCCGGGCCCGCGCUCCGCCACGGCCGCCGUGCGCAUCCUGGUGGAGGACGAGAACGACAACUACCCGCAGUUCAGCGAGGAGCGCUACGUGGUCCGCGUGCCCGAGGACGUGGCGGUCAACACGGCCGUGCUGCGGGUGCGCGCCACCGACCGCGACCAGGGCCGCAACGCCGCCCUGCUCUACAGCAUCGUCAGCGGCAACCCGGGCGGCCGCUUCUACCUGCACGCCCUCAGCGGGGCCCUGGACGUCAUCCACCCGCUGGACUUCGAGACCGCCCGCGAGUACACGCUGCGGGUCAAGGCCCAGGACGGCGGCCGCCCGCCCCUCAUCAACUCGUCGGGCCUGGUGUCGGUGCGCGUGCUGGACGUCAACGACAACGCGCCCAUCUUCGUCAGCAGCCCCUUCCAGGCGGCCGUGCUGGAGAACGCCCCCCCGGGCCACUCGGUCCUCCACGUCCAGGCGGUGGACGCCGACUCGGGGGAGAACGCCCGCCUCCGCUACCGCCUGGUGGACACGGGGCCGGCGGCGGCGGCGGCGGCGGCGGCGGGGGGCGGCGACCCCGGCCCCACCCCGGACUCCCCCUUCCCCUUCCAGAUCCACGAGGACACGGGCUGGAUCACGGUCCGCGCCGAGCUGGACCGGGAGGCCCAGGAGCUGUACAGCUUCGGGGUGGAGGCGGUGGACCACGGCGCCCCGGCCCUGAGCGCCUCGGCCAGCGUGUCCGUCACCGUGCUGGACGUGAACGACAACGACCCGGCCUUCACCCAGCCCGUCUACGAGCUGCGGCUCAACGAGGACGCGGCGGUGGGCAGCAGCGUGCUGACCCUGCGGGCCCAGGACCGCGACGCCCACAGCGUCCUCACCUACCGGCUGACGGGCGGCAACACCCGCAACCGCUUCGCCCUGAGCAGCCGCAGCGACGGCGGCCUGGUCACCCUGGCCCUGCCCCUGGACUACAAGCAGGAGCGGCAGUACGUGCUGGCGGUGACCGCCUCGGACGGGACCCGCAGCCACACGGCCCAGGUCUUCAUCAACGUGACCGACGCCAACACCCACCGCCCCGUCUUCCAGAGCUCCCACUACACGGUCAGCGUCUGCGAGGACCGGCCCGUGGGCACCUCCGUGGCCACGGUGGGCGCCACGGACGAGGACACGGGGGAGAACGCCCGCAUCACCUACGCCCUGCAGGACCCCGGGCCCGAGUUCGGCAUCGACCCGGACACGGGCACCAUCGUCACCCUCACCGAGCUGGACUACGAGGCCCGGGCGGCCUACACCCUGGCCGUCACGGCCCGGGACAACGGCAUCCCGCAGAAGUCGGACGCCACCUCGGUGGAGAUCCUCGUCCUGGACGCCAACGACAACGCCCCCCGCUUCCUGCGGGACCGCUACCAGGGCGCCGUCUUCGAGGACGCCCCGCCCUCCACCAGCGUGCUGCAGGUGGCCGCCGCCGACCGCGACUCGGGCCCCAACGGCCGCCUGGUCUACACCUUCCAGGGCGGCCGCGACGGCGACGGGGACUUCUACAUCGAGCCCACCUCGGGCGUGGUCCGCACCCAGCGCCGCCUGGACCGGGAGAACGUGGCCGUGUACCGCCUGCGGGCCCUGGCCGUGGACCGCGGCAGCCCGGCCCCGCUCAGCGCCGCCGUGGACAUCCGGGUGACCGUGCUGGACAUCAACGACAACCCGCCCGUCUUCGAGCGCGACGAGCUGGAGCUCUUCGUCGAGGAGAACAGCCCCGUGGGCUCCGUGGUGGCCCGCGUCCGGGCGGCCGACCCGGACGAGGGCCCCAACGCCCAGAUCAUGUACCAGAUCGUCGAGGGCAACGUGCCCGAGGUCUUCCAGCUGGACCUGCUCAGCGGCGACCUGCGGGCCCUGGCCGAGCUGGACUUCGAGCGGCGCCGCGAGUACGUGUUGGUGGUCCAGGCCACCUCCGCCCCGCUGGUCAGCCGGGCCACGGUGCGCGUCCGCCUCCUGGACCGCAACGACAACCCGCCCGUCCUGCCCGACUUCCAGAUCCUCUUCAACAACUACGUCACCAACAAGUCCAACAGCUUCCCCUCGGGCGUCAUCGGCCGCGUGCCGGCCCACGACCCCGACCUCUCCGACCGCCUCCGCUACGACUUCCUGCGCGGCAACGAGCUGCGCCUGCUCCUCCUCGAUCCCGCCACGGGCGACCUGCGCCUCAGCCGCGACCUGGACAACAACCGGCCCCUGGAGGCCCUCAUGGAGGUGUCCGUCUCAGAUGGCCUUCACAGCGUCACCGCGCUCUGCACCCUCCGCGUGACCAUCAUCACGGACGAGAUGCUGACCAACAGCAUCACAGUGCGCCUGGAGAACAUGUCUCAGGAAAGGUUCCUCUCGCCGCUCCUCUCCCUCUUCGUGGAAGGGGUGGCCACGGUGCUGUCCACCCCCAAGGACGGGAUCUUCGUCUUCAACAUCCAGAAUGACACGGACGUCAGCGCCAACGUCCUGAACGUGACCUUCUCGGCCCUGCUGCCCGGCGGGCCCCGCGACCGCUUCUUCCCAUCCGAGGAUCUCCAGGAGCAGAUCUACCUGAACCGGACGCUGUUGACCACCAUCUCGGCCCAGCGGGUCCUCCCGUUCGAUGACAACAUCUGCCUGCGGGAGCCCUGCGAGAACUACAUGAAGUGCGUCUCGGUCCUCAAGUUCGACAGCUCGGCCCCCUUCAUUAGUUCCGACACGGUUCUCUUCCGCCCCAUCCACCCCAUCAACGGGCUGAGGUGCCGGUGUCCGCCGGGCUUCACCGGCGACUACUGCGAGACCGAGAUCAACCUGUGCUACUCCAGCCCCUGCGGCCGCAACGGGUUCUGCCGCAGCCGAGAAGGGGGCUACACGUGCGAGUGCCACGAGGACUUCACGGGCGACUCCUGUGACGUGAACGCACGGUCCGGCCGCUGUGCCCCCGGCCUGUGUAAGAACGGAGGCACCUGCGUCAAUUUGCUCAUCGGAGGCUUCAAGUGCGAGUGCCCCCCCGGAGAGUUCGAGAGACCCUACUGCGAGAUGACCACCAGGAGCUUCCCCCCACAGUCCUUCGUCACCUUCAAGGGCUUACGACAACGCUUUCACUUCACCCUCUCUCUCAUGUUUGCUACCCGGGAGAGAAACGCUCUUCUUCUGUACAAUGGACGUUUCAAUGAGAAGCAUGACUUUAUUGCUCUGGAGAUCAUCGAAGAGCAAAUCCAGCUUACGUUCUCUGCAGGUGAGACCACGACAACGGUCACCCCGGCGGUCUCCGGAGGGGUCAGCGACGGUCAGUGGCAUUCAGUUCAAGUGCAGUACUAUAACAAGCCCAACAUCGGCCGUCUGGGGAUCCCCCACGGUCCCUCCGGGGAGAAGGUGGCCGUGGUGACGGUGGACGACUGCGACACGGCGGUGGCCGUGCGUUUCGGGGAGCUCAUCGGCAACUACACGUGCGCUGCCCAGGGCACCCAAACCGGCUCCAAAAAAUCCCUGGACCUGACGGGGCCUCUUCUGCUCGGUGGAGUCCCCAACCUGCCCGAAGAUUUCCCCGUGCACAACAGGCAGUUCGUCGGCUGCAUGAGGAACCUCUCCGUCGACAGCAGGCCCGUCGACAUGGCGAGUUUCAUAGCCAACAAUGGCACCCUUGCAGGCUGUUCCGCGCAGAACAACUACUGCGACAGCGUCUGGUGCCAGAAUGGCGGCACGUGCGUGAAUAAGUGGAGCACCUACCUCUGCGACUGCCCUCUGCGCUUCGGGGGCAAGAACUGUGAGCAAGCCAUGCCCUCUCCCCAGCGUUUCAGCGGCGACGGCAUCCUCUUCUGGGGAGAGCCGGACAUCACCAUCUCCGUGCCGUGGUACCUGGGGCUCAUGUUCAGGACGCGGAGAGGGAACGGCGUGCUCGUGGAAGCCAGUGCCGGGACGGCCUCCAAGAUCAACGUUCAGAUUGUAAACAGCCACGUGCAGUUGGAAGUGUUCCAAGGCCUCAAGUUGGUGGCCACCUUGCAGCUCACUCAGGCGCGUGUGAACGACGGCGAAUGGCAUCAUCUGUUAAUCGAGCUCAAGAGUGCCAAGGACGGCAAAGACAUCAAGUACCUGGCGGUCAUGUCCUUGGAUUAUGGGAUGCACCAGAGUACGGUGCAGAUUGGAAAUCAGCUUCCUGGAUUAAAAAUGAAGAGCGUCAUCGUCGGCGGGAUCUCUGAAGACAAAGUCUCCGUGCAGCAAGGUUUCCACGGCUGCAUGCAGGGGGUGAGAAUGGGAGAGACCUCCACCAACACAGCCGCCCUGAACGUGGACGACGCCACCAGAGUCAGAGUGCAGGACGGCUGCGAAGUGGAGAACCCGUGCGACUCCAGCCCGUGUCCCCUCAACAGCUACUGCAGCGACGACUGGGACAGUUUCUCCUGCGUCUGUGACCCCGGGUACUUUGGAAGCAACUGCGUUGACGUGUGUAACCUGAACCCAUGCGAACAUGUCUCCGCCUGCAUCCACAAGCCCAGUUCAUCCCACGGAUACACAUGCGAAUGCGGGCAGAGUUACUUUGGGCAGUACUGCGAAACCAAGAUUGACUUACCGUGCCCCAAGGGCUGGUGGGGACACCCCGUCUGCGGUCCGUGCCACUGUGAGGUCGCCAAAGGCUUCGACCCCGACUGCAACAAGACGAGCGGCGAGUGCCGGUGUAAGGCGAACCACUACAGGCCCCCCGACAACGACACGUGUUUCCCGUGCGACUGCUUUCCGUCGGGCUCCCAGGCGCGCUCCUGCCACAUGGACACCGGACAGUGCACCUGCAAGGCGGGCGUCAUCGGGCGCCAGUGCAACCGCUGCGACAACCCCUUCGCCGAGGUCACCGCCCGCGGCUGCGAAGUGAUUUACAGCGGCUGCCCCAAAGCGUUUGAGGCGGGCAUCUGGUGGCCCCAGACCAAGUUUGGACAGCCAGCCGCCGUGCCGUGUCCCAAGGGGUCACUGGGCAAUGCUGUUCGCCAUUGCAGCAGUGAGAAAGGCUGGCUUCCUCCCGACCUUUUCAACUGCACCACCCACACCUUCAUGGAUCUGAAAAUCAUGAAUGAGAAGCUCCAGCACAAUGAGACCAUAAUGGACGGAGACAAGUCCAUCCAGAUGGCCAAGGUGCUCAAGAACGCCACCCAGGCCACGCGCUCCCUGUUCGGCAACGACGUGAGGAUCGCCUACCAGGUGAUGAUCCGCCUCCUGCACUACGAGAGCCAGCAGCAGGGUUUCAACCUGGCGGCAACGAGAGAUGUGGAAUUCAAUGAGAAUAUCAUCCAAGCAGGCAGUGCCCUCCUGGAUUCGAAGAACAGGGACCACUGGGAACAGAUCCAGCGGUCCGAGGGAGGCAGCUCCCACUUGCUCAAACAUUACGAGGAUUAUUUCCACAACAUGGUACAGAACAUGAGGAAGACCUACAUGAAACCUUUCGUCAUCAUCACCGAAAACAUGAUUCUGGCCGUGGAUGUCUUUGACAAGGCCAACUUCACAGGAGCGAAAGUUCCGCGGUUUGAUGAGAUUCACGAAUAUUACCACAAAGACUUGGAGUCUUCAGUCCUGUUCCCCGCUGAUUUAUUCCAGACCUCCAUGAGACGAGGGGCUCCCACGGCCAAACCCUCGGGCUUCCAGGACACCCCGGAAGCAGAAGUCGGGGUGGCGGGCGAGGACGACGCGCCCUCCCAGAGGCGGCGCAGACACCCCGAGGACUCCAGCCGGUAUGCGGUCGCCAUGGUGAUGGUCUUCCGGUCCCUCGGACAGCUGCUCCCGGAGCACUACGACCCCGACCGCCGGAGUUUACGGCUGCCCACUCGGCCUGUCAUUAACACCCCGAUAGUGAGCACCAUGGUCCACCACGAGGACCCCCCAUUGGCGAGCCAGCUGGAGAGGCCCAUCACCCUGGAGUACAGCCUCCUGGAGACCGAGGAGAGGACCAAGCCCCUCUGCGUCUUCUGGAACCACUCCAUGACAAGCAGAGGGACGGGAGGCUGGUCCUCCAGGGGAUGUGAGCUCUUGUCCCGAAACCAAAGCCACAUCGCGUGCCAGUGCAAUCACAUGACCAGCUUCGCCGUGUUGAUGGACAUUUCCAAACGAGAGCACGGAGAAGUCCUGCCCCUGAAGAUCGUGACGUACACCACCAUUUCGGCGUCCUUGCUAGCUCUGCUGACCACCUUCCUUCUCCUCGCCCUGAUCCGCACGCUGCGCUCCAACCUGCACAGCAUCCACAAAAACCUGGUAGCCGCGCUCUUCUUCUCCGAGCUGGUCUUUGUGGUCGGCAUCAACCAGACGGAAAAUCCGUUUGGGUGCACGGUGACCGCCAUCCUUCUGCACUACUUCUACAUGGCCACCUUCGCCUGGAUGUUUGUGGAAGGGCUUCACAUCUACCGUAUGCUGACCGAAGUCAGGAACAUCAAUUUUGGGCCCAUGAGAUUCUACUACGUCAUCGGGUGGGGGAUUCCCGCCGUCAUAACAGGGCUCGCGGUGGGCUUGGACCCCCAGGGCUACGGGAACCCCGACUUCUGCUGGCUGUCGGUCCACGACACCCUGAUCUGGAGUUUUGCCGGACCCAUCGGGAUCGUGGUUAUGAUCAACACUGGCAUCUUCGUCCUGUCGGCGAAGGCGGCCUGCCGGAAGAGACAGCGGACCUUUGAGAGGGGGGGGAUCGGCUCCGUCCUGAGGACGGCCUUCCUCCUGCUGCUUCUGGUCAGCGCCACGUGGCUGCUGGGGCUGAUGGCGGUCAACGGCGACGGCCUGGCUUUCCACUACCUCUUCGCCGCCUUCACCUGCGUACAGGGGCUCUUCGUCUUCCUUUUCCACUGCGUGUUCGACGGAGAAGUCCGCCGGCACCUGAAGAGCGCGCUGAGCGGGAAGAAGCCCCGUCCGGACGAGUCGACCGCCACCCGAGCCACGCUGCUCACCCGAUCCCUGAACUGCAACAACACGUACAUCGAGGAGGCGAACGUGUACCGCACGACCCUCGGGGAGUCCACCGUCUCCCUGGAGAGCACCCUCAGGGACGAGGCCCAGAAGCUGAGCGUGACCUCGGCCCAGGCCCGGCCCGGCCCCGCCGCCAACGCCGCCGAAGGAGAUUCGUCCAUUUUCCACCGGAGCCCCCGGAAAGCCACCGGGAACGAUUCCGACUCGGACAGCGAGCUGUCCCUGGACGAGCACAGCAGCUCCUACGCCUCCUCCCGCUCCUCGGACAGCGAGGAAGACGGCGUGGAAGCCGAGAAGCACUGGAGUACCGCCUCGUCCCGAAGCAACAACCGGGGUCCCGCCCACAGCACCCCCAAAGCCGACCCGCCGCCCGACCACGUCAAGUCCAGCUGGCCCCCAGACAGCCCGACCGGCAGCGACGGCGAGGGGACGGCGGCGAGGCCCAGGCUGAAGGUGGAGACCAAGGUGGACGUGGAGCUCCACCGGGAGGGCCAGGGGAACCACUGCCCUCACCUGCCGCCCCUCGGGGAGGACGACGGCGCCGGCCCCACCGCGGACGCCCGAGCCGACCCCCAGCCCAACAACCCCCAGCAGCCCGAACAGAGGAAAGGCAUCCUGAAAAACAGAGUGACCUACCCGCCGCCCCUGGCCGAGAGGAGCCUGACGAACCGGCUGCGGGACAGGCUCUCCGACGACGGCCCGGGCUCGCUCCCGUCGCGGGCGGCCGACCCGGGGGGCGCCGCCGCCAAGGGCCCGCGGAGAGAGGCCGGCGGCCGGGACCAGCUGAACGGCGUGGCCAUGGCCGUGCGCACGGGCACCGCCCUCGCCGACCACUCCGACUCCGACGGCAGUAACGAAACCUCCAUUUGAAUCAUCAGGAAACCGUGAGGCUUCGCUCACUGGCCGCGCCCCGUCACAGCCACCGGGCCUCGGGACCCCGUCCGCCUUCGCCUCCGCGAGGCCCCGGGAAGUGGGAGGGCCGCGGCCUCGUCCCUCCCGGGGCGGCCGACCCACCUAGGCCGACCGCGGCCCCACGCCGGAGACGCCGCGUGCCCGUCGGCCGGCGUGACCGGUGACAAGACGGAGGAGGGCAAGGUCACACGGGGACAGAGACGGGGGCGGGUGGGCGGCCGGGGGGCGUCGAUGGAGCCGUCCUCUCGUCAGGGGACUCCUGCCCUCCGCGUGAGGCGAGGGGCAUCCCCGCUCCCGCCGCCCGACCGGCUCUGGACGGACGUUUUGUCUUAAAAGAAGGUAGUUUCUAUAGAAAUUUGUACGUACUUUUAUAUAUUUUGUAUGGGGACCCUAAGGAAGAAAAACCCUCGUGUAUAUUUUUCCACCUGUGCUGAUCUUCUCCAGCCGAUAACAGGGCCCGGUGGCCAGAUCCUCCCGUUAUUUUUCUACAAAAAGAUUGCACAGUUGUCCUGGGGCCUGGCACGUUUCUGGAAGCGGUGUCCCAGCGCGCUCAGUCAUCUCUCCAGAAGCCGCCGCUUCCAACCGGGAUCGGCCCGCAGCCCAGCGGCUAGGUGCCGGGGAAGUUGUCCCCAGCACGGCGGGCAGAGCCACGAGGCGGACGCUCUCGGGUCCGUGUGCCCCUGCACUGCCCGGCCCCUCCCCGGGCUCCGACAUGCCGGGACUUUGGAAGUCGAGGAGGCCCCCGGGCCCGCCGCCCAGAGCCCGAGAAGCCGCGGGACGGGACCGUUUCGCCGGACGCCGAUCGCAAUUUCCCAGCCGUCACGGUGGACGGCACGUCCGUAAGCGACUCUGCUCCUCCGGAAAUCCUACCAAAAAAAAAAGAACGAUCGUGACGGAAUGACACCGUCGCCUUGCCGUGUUUACAAAAAGAAGUGGGAAAUGGAGCCCUGCCCACCGAGGUCCCAAGCACAGUCUUCCGGGUUCUCCUCCGGCCCGGAGCCACGCUUCGUUGGCGUUUCCCGCCGGCUGGAAGCGGAGACGGGGUCCGGCCCGGCCAGCGGGACAACGCACGGGAAGUCCAAGAGCG